AUGCGCCCCCUUUCACUUCUGCUCGCCGCCCUCGUCACCACCUUGCAAAGCCCCCUUUUUGCUCGCCGGCCCCAUCAGCAAGCGGCCCUGGGAGUUGCCCCCGUGCGUCAUGUAGUAGGAGCGGCAGGAGGGUGGGCAUUCAUCGCAGGACGCGUCAGUCGAGUUAGCAACCGGAACAGUUACUCGAAGAGUUCCCCGAAGAGUUGCCCUAACAGUUUCCCUAACAGUUUCCCUAACAGUUUCCCUAACAGUUUCCCUAACAGUUCCCCAAGCUGCGCACAGCACAGGGCAGGUCCUACUGUAACCCAGGGAAGGGGACGACGUAGCCACUUCGAACUCAGGGGGUCCCUAAAUGAUUACAUCUACAAGCUACUCCUCCGGAGAUUCAAGAAGGUCACACAAAAAGGUCCACGAAAUAUUUUCAAGUCUGUACUAUCUCCCCGAAGUAGCUACAACAUCGACAUACUCUUCUCCUGUAACUACACGAUAAGUCAGAUUAAAAAAAAAAUUGCAGAAUACAUAUAUGAGCUGAAGCAAGUAGACGGAGAUAAAUUUAAAGCCGUUUAUUUGGGAAAGAGGAGGUUGGUCCGUCCGAUUAAGAAACAGCUGGAGGCAUACUACGUUUUGUUUUCCUUUCAAAUGUACCCCUCUGUAAUUCUCGAAAUUAAAAGGAAGCUCUUCCUGCAGGACGCCGUCUUGAGAUUCAUGGUAACGAAAAACGAAAAGACCUCCAGGAACCUCGAGUACGAGGAAAAUGAACCUGUCCGACAAGGGCUGGCCGCCACCGAGGCGCAAUUUUUUAAGAAGGCGGACUGA